AUAAGUCAUGUAUAGCGCUCCUGUCGCCAAGGACCGGCGCAUUGCCCGAAUAAUACUUUGAGACAGUCAUAUGUUGAUAGAUGUAGUGUAGCGUCCCAUGGAUGAUCGACUAUAGAUUAUUGAUCGGCGGUGUGGGGAGAGCACUGGGCAUGCAAUCUUCGUACAGUGUAAGAAACAGACUCUCGUUGCCCUAAGCCUUUCUGCUGGAUAUCAGGGUCGCAGAGGUUUUGUGACGACAUAAACAUGAAUACAUAUACUGUAACACCCUUAAUCACAAUAGGAUUGACUGGGUAAUCCGAUUGUGUACGAGUGCGAUAUGACACAACAGAGCGCGGAGCCCGCCACAAGGGUGGCAGCUAAUGUGGGUAAGGCGACGUUUCGACUUCCGCCCUUUAGAGACGGAAUUGCGUCCAAAGGCUUCGGAACCAAGAUGGUGUCAAGAACAAGUGCCCAGUCUUUGAUCUACCGCAGCGUCCCUCCCCGACCCCUCAGCUACACCUUCACGGACAUCCUGGAGACGUACCCCACACAGGGGAAAUCGAGAUCCAAGACGGCGCCUGUUUCUACCAACGCUCCCGAGGAAUAUGCCCAGAGGUUUAAAUCCAGACCAACGACUCGUCCCAAAGUUGUGGAGUUUGAUGGCAAUGCUUUUCAACUAAGUCUCAAGAAGAGAGGUGUGACUGGGUUCCUUCCCUCCGUCAAACUGCGAGUGAUUCCCCCCUCGCAACCGCGUGCCAAGAAUGUUGAGCUUCCUGACCUUCAACUGGAGCCAGCCAUGUCAUCAAGGACCCGACAGAAAUCGACGUCAGGACGUCUGUCGUCAAGGUCAAACCGCUCAAGCAGGACAAGAAAGUCAAGUACGAGAACGAGAGACAAGUCUGCGUCUGAACGAGAGACAGAAUGGGGCAUCAAAGUUGAUGUAAAAUCUCCAGAGCCUUGGGUCAGAUUUCCUGAGUCUGGUGUCAGAUUUCCUGAGCCAGGAAUUAGAUUUCCAGAAAAAUUCUCAAUGUCAAACAGCUCAAAUCACGACCAAAUCGGCCUUCCCGAUUUUAUGGAAACCCCAAUUGUGUACUCCAAUGUUAUGUCAGAAAGGGCCGAUUACAACGAUCUGACGUCUCUGCCCCCACCAAAGAAAAUCUUGCCAAAAAAGGACGCCCCUUGGGUCUACCGAUUCAAGGUGAAAAGAAACAUGAAUGCUUUGUCGAGAAUUAUGGCCAGUAAGCCAAACCAAAUCGUUGCCCAAAGUGGUCAAGGAACUUAAUGAUAAUCUUAUCGGAUAGAUCUACCUUUGAAUUCAUCAUGGUUAUUGUAUCGUCUGGUCAGAUUUGAACCAAAGCUUGAGGUCACAUUCACUAUGUGUGUAUAUCGUCUCCAGACUUUUGCCUUGUGUCGAGUGCCUGUUUCUACUAUAUGGAACAUUAAACAUUCCAAAAGUGUAGUCGGUAUGACCAGGAACCUCUGUGUGCAACUUCACUGCGUACAUAUCAAUAACAGAAACAAUUAGAUCUUAUUAAGACACCUAAGUACAAAGCUAUGAACCAGCAUAUUUGGCCUGGUGGUGUAGAAAUGUUCACAUUUCAGAAGAUCCUACUGAUCAUUGUAUUUCACGGUUAUGUGCACUAUCAGUGCGAACCAUCCAUGACAGUAGGCUUCGUUUUCGCAUGGAUAUCGUCAUCCGUCACGGCAGGUCAUACAACUCUACCCACUGAUCUCGGACUGUGGUCUUACUUUUCCAAUUCACGGACUUUGGAAAGUGUUUUCCUAAACCAAUGUUACAAAUCUUCUGUUUCGACAUGUCGGAUAAAGACAUUGGGAUCAAACCGACCUGAAGGUUACUAGUAUGUCAUUCUGUGCACGUGCGUAACAUACAUCUUGUUUGACAAAGGUUGGGAAUUGCCCUUCAUUUUCGUAAAGCGUUGGAUAUCUUAAAAGCAAUGACUGUCGUAUUCAUUAGUUUGCAGUUUGUUAGGAUUAAUUUCCUAACCAAACCAAUUGUUCAAAGUAGCGUAUUCAAAGUUCCAGUGCUUGUGACUUCUAAUUAAUGAUGGUAACGGUUCCUAUUUUUUAAAAAUUAUUCCUUUGUUCGUGUUUGAAAUGACAAAGCAAUAAAUGUAUAUACCAUUC